UUUUAACCUUGUUCUUUUACAGUUGUUGUCCGUCAUGGGAGCCAUGGGAAAAGGAUGUUUAUCAUCAAGCCCACUGACUUCUAUGACAGAAGAUUUCUUCACCUGCUGAAAUAUUACAUUCUUCUCACUGGCAUCCCUGUGGCAGCUCUUGUGACGUUUGUUAAUAUUUUCAUAGGAGAAUCUGAGUUAGCGGAGAUACCUGAAGGUUACGAACCAGAGCACUGGGAGUACUACAAGCAUCCCAUCACCCGUUGGAUUGCUCGUACCUUUUAUGACAGCCCAGUGAAGGACUAUGAGAAAAUGAUGGCACUUAUCCAAAUGGAGGCCGAGAAGGCUGAAAUGAGACAACUACAACUUGAAGUCCGCCGACACAUGAGAGAAAAAGGAGAUGGACCCUGGUUCCAGAUUCAGACUCUUGAUAAGAAUCUCAUCGACCACAGCCCCAAGUCAUCCCCUGAUAACUAGGAGUGCUCAUGCAUACCUGUCCAAAAUAUUCAGCCAUUAUACAAUGUAUAAUGUAUUGUUAUAAAUAAAAAAUAUCAUGUUUCUUUUUCCUUUUUUUUGCCUCUGGCACCAAUAAACUAAUGAUUAUAAAUAGA